AUAGUAAAAUUGUUACCGGACGGAUUUUAUCGGCGCACACUAAGUGAACUUUCACCCCCGAUCUGGUUUAUUGUUUUGAUUUAGCAGGCUGUCUCUCCGUGUGGGCGAACAGGAUUGAAAACAAAAUACACUUGUCACCGUCGAGGAUUUAAACAAAUCACGGUAGAAAAUAAUGAGUGUGUCAAGUAGAUACCGACGAUCCUGUUGACAAAUAUGCUUUCUUCAUGAUAGGCUAGCGUACGUAGCUUUGGUAACAACAUGACGAUGAUGCUGAGCGGUGUGUAGGAGCGACCCAGACAUUGGAUUGUGCUGAUUUCCUGCUUGUCAAUCAGAGAUUCUGAGGAUUAUCUUGUCUUUGUGUCUGGAUAGCAACAAAACAGCCUCCCUAACCAAACAAAACAAAUCACAUUCAGCCGAAAGUUAAAGAGUAAUUGUGCUGGACUGGAAAUCUGCAGCACUAUAAUUCAAUGGGUGAAGAAAAACCGGACACGCUGGAUUUCGUGAAGGAUUUUCAGGAGUAUCUGAGCCAGCAGACUCAACAUGUCAACAUGAUAUCAGGCUCUGUUAGUGGUGUGAAGGAGGUGGACGAGAUGCCACCAGACUGCAGUCAGAAUGGACUGGAUCACCCCUCUGUGGACAUGUCACUGGAGGACAGCACAGGGAUCCUAGUGGAUGGUUUUGAGAGGACCUACGAUGGCAAGCUUAAGUGCCGUUACUGCAACUAUGCCACCAGAGGAACAGCAAGGCUCAUUGAGCACAUCCGAAUACACACAGGAGAGAAACCUCACCGCUGCCACCUCUGCCCAUUUGCCUCGGCCUACGAGCGCCACCUGGAAGCCCACAUGAGGUCCCACACAGGCGAGAAGCCAUAUAAGUGUGAGCUGUGCUCCUUCCGCUGCAGCGAUCGUAGCAACCUGUCCCACCAUCGCCGGCGACGCCACAAACUCCUUCCAAUGAAAGGUGCUCGCUCUCUCUCCCACAAGAAAAUGCUUAGUGUUUUACAGAAGAAGGCCAGCUCUCUGGGCUAUGGCCGACGACUCCUCAUCAACUUCAGCCCCCCUUCUAUGGUGGUGCACAAGGCGGACAAUGUGAAUGACUUCUCCCAUGAGCUGCCUCACUUGCGUCAGGAAACAUAUGAUAAUCAGAGUCGAGCAGUGGAGGAUGGGCACUCAACAAAUCAAAACCACCAUCAUCAUGAUAUGGUUAUGGAUAACCCCCUGAACCAGCUGUCUACCCUGGCAGGCCAGUUGGCCAGCCUUCCUUCUGAGUCCCAGGCCCAGACUCAGCCUCCCAUGUCUCCGGGAGCAGAAUCUAUCGUGGAUGAGAAGCCCUUCCUCAUCCAACAGCCCCACCCUGCCACCGCUCCUGUUGCUGUCACGGCCAGCAUGGCCCACGCUUCCUCCUCUUCCCCAAUCACCCCAGAGCCGCGGGCUCCUCCCCACAGCAAUUGCAGCCCAGGAGGGGGACCCUGCAGCGAGCAUAGUGGGCGCACCAGUACCCCUAGUAUCUCCAACAGUCAACCCAGUACACCAGCCCCUGGCCUGUCUGCCCCACUUCAGGACCCCCAUAUGCUGCAUCACUGCCAGCACUGUGAUAUCUACUUCCCCGACAAUAUCCUCUACACCAUCCACAUGGGCUGCCAUGGGUAUGAGAACCCAUUUCAGUGCAACAUCUGUGGCCACAAGUGCAAGAGCAAGUAUGACUUUGCCUGCCACUUUGCCCGUGGGCAGCACAAGUGAAGGAUAAGUGAAGAAAACUGAAUGAACUUUCAAUGGACAGCUUGUUAUUUUUAUUUCAUAGCAAUUUUAUUUAUUGGUCUUAUACUUGGCCUUGAUGUAGCCUAGCCUUUGAAUGAUGUACUCAUACAGGAAGAUGGACACAGUCAGAUGGUUUCUUUUUGUAUGGUGCCCAUUCAAGUGUAUUGUAAAGAAGUGAUCAGUGUUUCAGAAGGUUGAGAAUUUAUUUGUGGUGGUGGAGGGAGGCUCAUUAUUAUCUAAUCUGUCAUCAACAUUAAGUAGUAAAACAACCAUUCACAUAGCCAGAUUAAGGAGCUAGUGGGUGCACAAAUACACAACAUUCCUUAUUUGUCAGGUUUAUCAUUUUGUUCCCUGGGGGAAUUGAUGAGAGAAGCUCAGGAAUGAGAAAAGUAAUGGUGUUCUUCUGAGCCUCCCAUAAGAACAUUAUGAACACAUUUUUAAAAAGUGGAUACUGAAAGAUAUACAAUCACUGUUGGGCAUGCCAGAGCAGCCAGUUGGCUCUCAUUUUCCGGAGCUUGUCCCUUUAAGAUGUACUAGGUGCUACACAAAUAUAUAAACCUUUUUUUUUUUUUACCAUGUGAGCCACCCAAAUAAGUUCUCAACACUCCUGUAGUUACAUCCAAAGAUUGGGCACGAUGAUUAUAUAACACAGGAGUGGACCUGUUGACCUGGAGUGAUCUUACUUUAGCCUUGUUGAAAUUACUUGAGUGGUUGAUGCAUUACUACUCUUUCUUUGCAGUGCCUGACAUGGUCACUUUUCUUGUGUGGCCAAGACAGAGAGGACUGUUAUUUUGAAGUUUAAUAGAUAUUAUCACAAAUUUCCUCUUCUUGCUGUAAUGGAUAGGCCCGGAGCCUUUGACAGAAAAGGUUGGCCGUUGUAGUUUUCUAUGGUAGCCACGAUUUGCCAAAACUCUGUUCCAUGAAUGCUGCUAAAGAAACUUUGGGAUCAAAACUAAAAGGAAGGUAUCUUACAGUGAAAAGCUGACCAGACUUUGUAUCAGUGAGUUCGUUUUGGUCAGCCAAUCAAGUUGUGAAACUAGAUUUUGUAGAAGUUGUGUUUUUGAAAUCCCUCCACACAGUGCCCUUCUUCAUCAGUUUCACCAGUUUUGUUUAAAAGCUUUAUCGUAUCCAUUUAGUUCAUCAUCUCACACUUGGACCUUUUGAUAUUGUAAGAAGUCACUUUGAUAUCCAGUAUCUCCAUGUUUAGGACAGAAUCACAAAGUCUUGUGUCUCAUGUGAACACUUUCAGAAUUGUGACGUAGCACCAGGGAUGCCAUGUUUCAGCCUUUGUGGUGACACUCACUGAGAUUCCCCCGUUGGAUCCCUUUCUGAAUAUUUAUUACUGAGUAUUGUAUUCUGAGUGGUUGGAUAGAUGUUCAGUGUCAAAAAAGCAAAACAUGAUGCAGUAAGACUGCUUCUUUAGUAAGAUUGUUCUUUGUAUUGGGUACUGUUGUCUGUUGCUUGGCAACACACGUGGAGAAAAUAGUUACUGUUUUUAGGACCACCUCCUCGUCACCAUGCUUACCAGUAAUAGGGGCAUCCAGUAAUGACUGCCUUAUGUUGUCUCAGUGUGUUGUAGGCUCAUAGGUAAUGGUGAAUGUCGAAGCCUGUUGGCGAUCACUCUCUCCCUCUGGGAUGGCAAAUCAUUUUAUUGUGACACAGUUUAAUCAAACUAAUUUAUAAGUAAAGUGUUUUCUAACUGAGCUGUG